CUGCCGGCUCUGCGCGCGCCGCCCGCCGCGCCGGGCGCGGCUCCGCUCGGCACGGAACGGAACGGAGAGGUACGGAACGGAACGGCACGGCACGGAGAGGUACGGAACGGAACGGCAUGGUAGGGCCCGGUACGGAACGGAGAGAAUGUGGCUCAGACCAGGGGGAUGAGCAGCUGAAAUCUCCGGGGAUCAGCGGGACAAUGCCAGAGCAAGCAUUGUGCUGACGGCUCUGCAAACGCUGGCACCGGCUCCCAGCCAGCAGCACCCUAUAAAAGCUGAGCCGCUGAAGUAGGCAAACAUUACAUGGGCGAAGCAGCAGUACCGCCUGAGCUAGACACCGUUCCAGCAGCAAAGAUGGCUCAGACAAACCCUCUGCCUGUCCCCAUGGGCCCAUGGAAGAUCACCGUGUACGACCAAGAAAACUUCCAGGGCAAGAGGAUGGAGUUCACUUCGGCCUGUCCAAACAUCAUGGAGUGCGGCUUUGACAACAUCCGCUCCCUGAAGGUGGAGUGCGGCGCCUGGGUCGGUUACGAGCACACCGGCUUCUGCGGGCAGCAGUUCAUCCUGGAGAGGGGAGAGUACCCGCGCUGGGACGCCUGGAGCGGCAGCAAUGCCUACCACAUCGAGCGUCUGAUGUCCUUCCGCCCCGUCUGCUCCGCUAAUCACAAGGAAUCCAAGAUCACCGUCUUUGAGAAAGACAACUUCAUCGGCCGCCAGUGGGAGAUAGGCGAUGACUACCCCUCGCUGCAGGCCAUGGGCUGGGCCAACAACGAAGUGGGCUCCAUGAAGAUCCAGUGCGGCGCCUGGGUUUGCUACCAGUAUCCCGGGUACCGUGGCUACCAGUAUGUCCUGGAGGCUGACCACCACGGAGGAGACUACAAGCACUGGAGAGAGUGGGGUUCACACGCCCAGACCUCCCAGAUCCAAUCCAUCAGGCGUGUCCAGCAGUAGCUCCCCACUUUCCAGUACAUCUCUGCAAGGUUUCCAAAGCUCACCGGCUCCCUUUUGGUGCUAAUACUCCCCUCCCAAAAUAACCACCCCUUCUUGUACUGCAACUGCUUAUGGGACAACACUCCCGAACGGUACCAACCGCCA